GCAACAGGCUGGGCGAGCGGAGGAAAAGGAAACGAGUGUAAAUCCAUUCAGGUCCACACGAAUCUCUUUUUUUUCACACUGGGAGAAAAGGCUGAAAGUUGUCACGCUGUCGUCCACACAUCCUUUCUCCGAACCUAAGAAGAGAGAGAGAGAGAGAGAGAGAGAGACGCGCUCUGCACCUGAACGCUCUUUUCUGCGGAUUUACCGGUGAAUUAAAUGAGUCCCGAGUCACGCCUGAUUUGCUGCAACUUUUAAAAAAGACUCUUACGUUGUGGAAACUUGGAAAUGAAGAGAGACUGGACGCUUUUCGGCAGAAUUUGGAUCGGGAUCGUGUCCAUCUCAGGUCUAGUAGCUGGGUUUUCUAUGACCCCCCCUACUCUCAACAUCACCAAAGACCAGCUCGUGAUUGACGCUAAUGACACACUGACUGUUACAUGCAGAGGACAGCACGUUCUGGACUGGACCUGGCCAGAGCAGUCUCUCAGCAAAGAAGAGAUUAGCGAGCGACAUCAGCAGCAGUCACCCAUCCAGGAUAGAAGAGCACUGUUGGUGAACGAGUGCCUGGGAGAGCCUGGGAAACCCUACUGCAAGACGCUGGUGUUGACCAAAAGCCAGAGCAAUGACACAGGGUACUACCGUUGCUUCUACCAGGACAUUAAAGCUGUUAUUGAUGGAGCCACGGCAGUCAGUUUAUACGUCUUCGUUCGAGACCCAGAACAGCCAUUUAUCCAGAGAAAUGACAACUUCGGAACCAUCUUUAUAAGAGCAUCAGACACACACUUUGAAGUGCCAUGUCUGGUUUCAGAUCCUGAACUAAAUGUCAAUCUCUUCUUGGUAGAAAAGCCCAGUGAGCCUCUUGAACAUAAGGAGAUCACAUGGAACAGCAGGAGAGGCUGGUCUGUUCCCAAGCAUGUCAACCUAAACACGUUUUUGGGCUACUUCUGUUCUGUGACACUGAAUGACAGAAAGUACACUUCCAUGGUCUACCUACUGAUGGAAACAGGAGAAAAGUUAUUUGGCCUCAAGCUGUUUCCUGAAGACGCACCCAUUGAGCUAAUGCGAGGCGAUGUACUCAUCCUCAAUUGCACAGCAGAGGUAGAGCACAACACAGGCGUGGAAUUCAUAUGGGACUACCCGGGAAAAAAGGAGAACAGGCUGGUGCACUUUCAGCCCUUUCGCAACAGCAUAACACAAGCCACAGAGGCCACCAAUGUUCUCACUAUUCAGAAUGUCAACAUCAAUGACUCUGGUUCCUAUACCUGCUCUGCCAAUAGCGUGAAGAGGAGUCUGGAGCAAUCAACACUGGUCAUAGUGCACGAAAAGCCAUUUAUUAGUUUGGACUACAGGAACGGCUCUGUGGUGGAAGCUACUGCUGGACAAAAGUCUUUUAAGCUGUUGGUGAAGGUGUCUGCAUAUCCCAUGCCAUCUACCCACUGGUAUAAAAAUGUGACAGUGAUAACAAGGCGGCCGGAGUUCAGUCGGUUUAAGGUCCACAAUCAUAACCUGGAAAUCAGGGACGUGCGCCCGGAAGACGCAGGAGACUACACCCUGGUUCUGAAGAACAUUGCUGCUGGCAUAGAGAAAAAACUACACUUUAUUUUAACAGUCAAUGUGCCACCUCAGAUCCAUGAGAAGGAGGCAGCACCACCUUCUAACCUCUACAGGAGGGGAAGUAAGCAGACUCUCACUUGUACAGUCACUGGUUAUCCUCCUCCAACAAACAUCACCUGGCAGUGGAGACCUUGGAGCCCCUGCGGCCUUAAUUCCACCCAAAGAACUCCAGACACGCUCCCUUUCUGUCAGAACUGGCUUGAUCUGGAUAAGAGUGAACACACGCUGAAUGCAAUCGACAGAAUUGAGACAUUGAAUGAGACAGUCGAUGGCAAACAAAAGACAGUUGGUCGUGUGGUCAUACGCAGUGCAAAUGUGUCAACCAUGUACAAAUGUUCUGCUGAGAACAAAGUGGGGAAAGCUGAGAGACUUAUCUACUUUUAUGUGACCACCAUUCCAGAUGGCUUUGGGGUCGAAAUUGAGCCGUCGGACAACCCGCUGGAACAAGAGCCUGUUUAUUUAAAAUGCAGCGCUGACAACUACACAUACGAGAACCUGCGCUGGUAUCGUCUAGACACAAAGGCCACAGUGCCAGCGGACUGCAAGAGCCUUCACCAGUAUGCCAAGGCCCUGGGUGGUGAACUCUCCUUCCACACCUCCACUAACAACUGGGUGCUGGAGCUGAAGAUUCCCAAUGUGCAUUUGCAGGAUGAGGGCAACUACGUUUGUGAGGUGCAGAACAGGCGGAGUGGUGAGAAGCAUUGCAACCGCAAAUAUGUUAAUGUAAAGGCCCUGGAACCUCCACAGUACGUGCAGAACCCCAUCAAUCAGACAGUGAAUGUCAGCUCGUCUCUGCAAAUGGAGUGCAAUGUGAACGGCACUCCCUCUCCAGAACUGUCUUGGUUUAAAGACAACCAGCCUCUCAACCAAAUAUCAGGGGUCCUAUUGCAAGACUCUAACAGGACACUCAGCAUCCAGCGGGUGCGCGAGGAGGAUGCCGGCCUGUACACAUGCACUGCCUGCAACAAAAUAGGCUGCAUUCAUUCCUCAGCAACAGUGUCUGUAAUCGGAACUGACAACAAUACGAAUGUGGAAAUCGUAAUCCUUAUCGGCACUGGAGUCAUCGCCAUUUUCUUCUGGGCUCUUCUCAUCUUAAUCUUCUGCAAUGUCAAGCGGAUGAACCCAGCCGAUAUUAAGACGAGCUAUCUGUCCAUUAUCAUGGAUCCAGAGGAGGUGCCUCUGGAGGAACAGUGUGAAUAUCUGCCCUACGAUUCCAGCCAGUGGGAAAUUUCAAGGGAUCGAUUGCGGCUUGGGAAGGUGCUCGGUCAUGGCGCUUUCGGGAAGGUGAUUGAGGCCUCCGUCUAUGGGAGUGAUAAGAAGAGCAGUUUAGGCACUGUGGCUGUUAAGAUGCUCAAAGAGGGAGCGACAGCCAGUGAACAUAAAGCCCUUAUGUCUGAGCUGAAAAUCCUGAUUCACAUAGGAAACCAUCUGAAUGUGGUCAAUCUGUUGGGAGCUUGCACUAAACCCAAUGGUCCCCUGAUGGUUGUGGUGGAGUACUGCAAAUACGGGAAUCUGUCCAACUACCUGCGGGCGAAGAGGGAAUUUUUCCUGCCAUACAGGGACCGCUCCCCUAAAACCCGGAGCCAGGUGAGAAGGAUGAUGGAGGCGGUGCAGGUAGAGCAGACAGAUCACCAACCUUCAUCCUCAGUCAUCAGCACCCCGAGUCAGCUUUGGGGUAAAUCCAGUGCAAAGAACUCGUCCUCUGAGAAACUGGAGGACCUCUGGAAGAAGCCUCUUACGAUAGAGGAUCUAAUAUGCUACAGUUACCAGGUGGCACGAGGGAUGGAGUUCCUGGCAUCGCGUAAGUGCAUCCAUCGGGACUUGGCAGCCCGGAACAUUUUGCUGUCAGAGAAUAAUGUGGUGAAGAUCUGUGACUUCGGGCUGGCUCGUGACAUCUACAAGGACCCAGAUUACGUUCGAAAAGGCAACGCCAGAUUGCCACUUAAGUGGAUGGCUCCUGAGAGCAUCUUUGACAAAGUCUACACCAGUCAGAGUGACGUGUGGUCUUUUGGCGUGCUGCUGUGGGAGAUUUUCUCAUUAGGUGCUUCGCCUUACCCCGGCGUCCAGAUUGAUGAGGAGUUUUGUAAACAGCUGAAAGACGGCACCAGGAUGAGAGCUCCUGAGACGGCCUCGCCGGAAAUAUAUGGAAUCAUGCUGGCCUGCUGGCAGGGUGAGCCCAGGGAAAGACCCACGUUUCCUGCCCUGGUAGAGAUACUGGGAGAUCUUUUACAAGACAACAGCUUACCGGACAUCCCCUUCAGCGGCUCACAGAGCUCAGAGGAUGAUGGCUUUUCUCAGGCCUCCUCCAGACCUCCAUCAGAGGAAGAGUUGAGACUGGCCUGCAACACACUGCCAGCAAGAUACUAUAAUUGCGUGCCGUUCUCUGGGUGUGUGAUGGUGAGCCCUUCUACAACAUGUCAUUCACGGGUGAAAACAUUUGAAGAGCUGCCGAUGGUGAUGACCUCUCACAAGUCACAUCACGACAGCCAGACAGACAGUGGAAUGGUGUUGGCCUCUGAAGAGCUGGAGCGGCUCGAGCACACGCACAGAGGAGUCAUGUUGACUAUGGCAACAGGUAACAGUACAGAGCACCUGAUCGAUGGCUCAAGUGAGAACAGCAUAAGCAUGAGCAGGCACCGGCCAACUUUCUUCACUCAGCUCAGUGGUCAGACCUUCUACAACAACGAGUACGGCCAGCUUGGUGAAGAAGGCAUGAGCGAGUUCUUUUCGAUGCCGGAGCUGGCCAUAAGUGAGGAAUCUUGCCCCGCGACAUCUAAUCUGUAACAUCCUCUGAAAGGCCUUAUUGGAGCUGUCUUGGCUCCUGACAGAGCUUGGCCAUCUGGCUUCAGACUUGCUUUACAAUCCGAACUGUUCUGCCCUUACUUUCCCUGCACCACUAUGUUCCCUAAGCUGCCACUGGGUGGCACCAUUACACCAGUCACAAAUAGAAAAAUAUUUUAACUCCUGAUGCAUUUAUCUUGUUAUGAAGUGUAAGCUUGUUUUGUUUAUUUGUACAAAGUCCCAGAAUGGGAAAAUAAUAAAGCAAUUUAUCUUCUUUUAAA